GUUCGUACGGCAGCCGCUUUUUCUGUUGUAAAAAAAAGGGGAUCAAAAAUGGAUUUAAUAUCAUAUCAGAAAGAACACGUGUUCGUACAACAGUCGCUUUAGUAAAUGGGGCAUUUAAUAUAAGAUUUGCUUUUGAUUAUUUAUUCUUCCCUGGAUUACUUACUACUUUCACUCCGGCGUCGUCAGGGGUUCUCUGCUACUUGUGGGGGCAUCUCUCUCUCUCUCUCUGUACACCUGAUUCAAUGGGGGACUCAGAGCCUUCGAAAAAGAGAGGUGCUUUGAGGGAGCUCUCUCGUGGUCUUGAUAGUGAUGAUGACACAUGUGCAUUUGAGAGUGGUACUUUCAAGACUGCUAGUGAGGAGGUGUUGGCUACCAGAAGAAUCCUCAGAGUUGAUGCCGCCGUAACCAACAAACAAGAGGCACAUUAUGAUGGAAUAAGAUCUGAUGCCCCCAAGGUAGUUAUUGAUGGUGGUCAGACUAAAUAUGACACAAUAACAGUAAAAGAUGCAGCUGGGGAAGAGACUGAAAUGGCUAAAGAUGACAACACCAAGGGGAGUGACUCUGUUGACAAGAGUGAUCAGCCAUUAACGGUGGAGAGACAGCUAAAGAUGAGACAAAAACAACAACAACAACAACCCAAGUCCAAGAUGCUGCUGGGGAAGAAAAGGCUAAAGAUGACAACAUCAACUUUGGUAAGGGUGGUGUUGACAAGGAUUCUUCAGGUGGUGAUCAGACUGAGAUACAAGGAAAGGAAGGCACUGAUAACAGUGGAGCCUUUUUUCCCCCAUUCCACCUGCAUUCAAAUUGCAAAAACGCUUUCUCAGGGUUUCCCACCAGUACCACAGCUUUCUCUGUUUCUUCCUUCUCCUUCGGUUCCACUGCCUCAGGUUCCGUGUCUCGCACUCAACUGUCAUCCUACGGCUUCAGCCUCCCAAGCGAUGGAACCUCUUCUAUCUUCGGUACCACACAGAGCGCUGAAACAGGAGAAGAGAAGGAAGAAACAGCUUUCACAGCUGAUUCAGUAGUAUUGUUCGAGUUUUUUUCAAGGAGGAUGGAAAGAGCGUGGGAAAGGACAAGUCAAGGUAAACGUAUCAACAACCACUACUGAUAGCAGAAGAAAAGCAAGGCUA